UGCGGUCAGAGCACAGUAAGGGUCGACGACUCGGCGGCACGGCUUGAUGUGAUCGGCUCUCGCUUGCACCGCAUCGUAGUGUUUCUGACUUGCUCUCAUCUGGAAGGGAUGCCUCAAAUCUAUCAGCCGUCGAAUCAGAUCAAACUAACGAACGUCUCAAUCGUUCGGCUCAAGAAGGGCGGAAAGCGCUUCGAGAUCGCAUGCUAUAAGAACAAAGUACAGGAAUGGCGGACCGGGGUCGAGACUAAUCUAGACGACGUCCUUCAAAUCAGCAACGUCUUCACGAACGUGUCCAAGGGCGAAGUCGCCAAGACGAACGAUCUCGACAAGGCCUUCGGAAAGAUCGGUGUCGAUGAGGUAGUCAAAGAGAUCUUGAAAAAGGGCGAAAUGCAGGUGGGGGAGAAGGAGCGAGACCACGACCUGUCCGCUCUGCGCAAGGAAAUCGCGACCCUCGUUGCGGAGAAAUGCCAGGAUCCGGCUACUGGACGGCCCUAUGCAGUGGGGAUCAUCGAGAAAGCCAUGUCGGAAGCAGGAUACAGCGUCAAGUCCGAUAAAACGGCGAAGAGCCAGGUGUCCGCGUGUCUGAAGCAACUGCAGUCUGACUCGAGUUUGCCGAUACAGCGGGUGAGGAUGCGAAUCCGGGUGACCAUGCCGAGUGCGGAUGGCAAACGACUAAGGGAGAAGGUCUUGGCAGAUGCAGAGACGGUUGAGGUCGAUGAGAUGGAGCAGGAUGGCUGGGAAGCGAUCUUGCAUAUCGACCCUGGCCAAUUCCGGGUAAUAAACGAACUGUUGCAGAAGGAAUGCAAGGGCAAAGGAAGGAUAGAAACGAUGCCUAGUGCGGCCACAUGAGUUACUGUCUAAUGUACAUAUACGUGCAUGAUCACAUGGGUUUAUAAUCCAUCUCUCCUCACAUCUUUGAGGAUGAGCGGUUUUAUGUGACGCGCCCAAUUCAUGUCCCAAGGCUCCCAAAUGUCCAUGGUAGGGUCAAGAAGCGGAGGUAAAUGUGAAGGUGAUGUUGGCCGUUCUGAGGCUGGCUCGAGGGCUGAGCGUAAUUGAUCUAGCCGGGGGCAGUUUGGAAAGCCGGUCAAAAGGAUCUAAAAAAGUCGGACAUAUUAUGUCGCUGACUGAGACAGAAACGCACCUCUAUCUGUUCUGCUAGUUGAGCAGCGUCUUUGAAUAUCAGCCCGUUCUGAUUGUCCUUGACAAGCUCGUUCAAGCUAGGAAAUGAGGAUGAGUACAUUUGACCGAGCAAAAUGUGUAGCUACUCACCAAUCAAAUCCCAAGGCACAGACGGGAAGUCUGCAGCCAAACAUAUCGACCACUUUCAUGGGCAGGUCAAGAUUAGAUGAGCUGGCGUGCAAGCAUAUGCCAAGGUCGGCGGAUCCUGUGCAAAGUUCAAGAAGAUCCAACCUGGCACGUAUCGCAAAUCGUACCUAGCAGUGUUGGAUAAUCUUCUGCUUCGAGCCACAUGCUGACGCAUCGGACCCAGUCCCAAUUCUUUGGAGAUCGUUGAUCUCGGACAUGUACUUUUCACGCAGCGGUCCUUUCCCCGUCACAACCACCACCAGCUUAGGGAGAUUCCCGGCAGACGCGGCCGCUCGCUGAUUGUAGUUGGUAAGCGCGGAGAGUAAUAUUCCGAAAUCUUCAUCCGGGGUCCAGGAUGUGCUGGAGACCAGUAGCGCAGGUCGAUCUGGUCGAAGGAAAGUCGAGAUUGCGUGCGAAUAUAUUGGGUCAAUCACGGCCGUGGGUGAGUUAGAUGCUCCUGUGGACGUCGCAGUCAUGAAAGUGGAUUGCGCCGGUUUCGAUGCAGGUAGAAAGCCCUGAAGACAAGGCUGGGCCGAGAAAUCCUUUUGCAAUUUUAGGAAAAGCUUUGACGAGUGAGCGUUGAUCUGAUCUAAUUGAAAUACCUUACCUCAUGCACCUCUUGGGGUGUAGUGGCAUGGAACCGGCGAGGCGGUCGAUCGUGCAGCACGACUUUGAUUCCU